AUGAUCCAUAAUCAAAGUCUUCAAAUGAUCACGAUAACCAAUGAAGAUGAGUUUGGUGUAAAAGGCAAGAAUCUUUUCAAACAAAGUCUUGUUCAUUCUUUUAUCAUCGACAUUGAGGAUACCUUUAUUAAGGAUGAAUUCACAGGAGAAAGGAUAUCUGAAAUUGUUGAAAAAAGGAAUGGACAAAGUAGACCAGAAAUCGACGAAAAGCUUUUUGAAUACAUAAACACGUUUGCCAAAGGUGCCCUGAACAUUUUGGAGAUUAUUUGUAAACUAACAGAUUGUCUGUACAGAAUUCUACAAACCUGGUACCAUAUCAAUGACUGGAGAAUGAUUGAUGUAGCGCUUUCUGAUACACCAUACACUUAUAUUAUUGAGGUGAGAAGGCUGGUUUGGCCUGUACUGAAAGAAAAAACAGAUACGGGACCUUGGCAAUAUAUAGGGCCAACCCAACAAAAAGCAAUUGGUAAAAAAGGGGAUGCAUAUGUUAGGAUGUUUGGUUCGACAUCAACUGGUUGGGUGGCGUCAGAAGCUGGACAAAAGUGGGAGGGUGCACAUGGCACCAAAUUCAUGGAAGAGACCAGUCUGAGUUUAUAA